AUGGAGGCAGAUGUUAAGAAGAUGGGCCGCACAUGGAAAGAACUGGAGAUGCUGGCUCAGGACCGCUCUGCCAGGAGGAACCUGGUUGACGGCCUAUGUCUCAGGAGGGGCGAUAGGCCAUCCUUCUAUGGAGCCAGUUACGUAAGCCUUCCGGUGAAUGAAGUAAGCAGUGAAACAGAAAUUCAUCUCCGUUUUCGAACAAGUCGAACGAGGGGUCUACUGCUCCUCGCUGCCGGAGAUACUGACUAUUGCAUAAUUGAGCUUCGGUCUGGAAAGGUUCAAGUGUGGAUGGACCUUGGUGCCGGAAUUAUUGGGAUUGAGAGCACAAAGGGAUUAAAACUGAACGAUUUGCAGUGGCAUACAGUGGACUUGCACAGAAUUAACGAGAAUGUUAAUUUGACAAUUGAUGAAGUGCACACAGUCUCUGUUGUAGCAUCUGGAGAGUUUUUUGAACUGAACAUUGAGGAAGGUGUGUAUAUUGGGGGUCCUGGAAACCUAAAGAAAGAUUAUAUAGGAGAAUCAGAGAAAUACUUCCGUGGAUGUAUCAGUGAUGUUACGUUCAAUUCAGUAGAUUUGUACCAAACUGCAGAGGAUUUGAUGGAAAACGAUUUCUUGAAACAGUACGCUGAGAUAGAAGGUGUAACGUGGAACUGUAGUGCAGAGUUCGAUGCAUCACCCAAUGAUGCUGUGAGCUUCACUGAAGGAUCUUCCUACUUGUCUUAUGCAAAGUGGGAAGCGGAAGAAAAAGGAUCUUUCUCUUGGAAUUGGACCAAUCAGCUGCAGUCAGACAUAAAGAUUAAUGAUCGCAAGUGGCACUGGAUAAUGCUACGUAUUGAGGAGUCGUUUUUAGAAAUCAGCGUUGAUCGUAAACCCCAGAUUUUGACUUUAGAAGAUGGGGAAGGGCAGGUUUUGGAAUUGAGCGGACCUCUGUUUGUCGGAGGCGUGUUGCAACGAAUUAGAAAUAUUGCAUCACGGUUGGAUCUGGCAUCCCUGACUGGAGAACAAGAUGAUGUAUCAUUCCAAGGUUGUAUGCGAGAUAUUGAAAUCAAUGGGGUUGGUUUCAGCAUACCGGAUGCUCGAGCUACUAACCUGAUCAAGCCUGGUUGUGUGUGGGAAUAUCCAUGUUCUAGGGAGCCGUGCAUUCCUGAAGCUGAAUGCCUGGAAUCAGGAUGGUCUGAAUAUGAAUGUAAAUGUAACAUAGAAGUUUGUGAAAAACCAAUUGAAGACAUAGCUAUAAUUGAGGAGACAAAUAUUUCUGAGAUUACUGAGGAGAAGAAAGACAAGAAGAAAAAGGGAAAAGACAGUGGUAAAUCAAAGAAGUUUCUUGUUUUGGGGACACUUGAGGUAGAGGAGGGUGGUGAAGCAGUGAUCACUUCAGACCAAAUAGAAGUGAAUGUUGAUUUAGACGAAUUAGGACUGAGAGAGUCGCAGGUUGUAUUUCGUGUUGUUCGCAAACCCAGGUUUGGAGAACUUAUUCAUGAUGUUUUGAGACGUGAUAACAACGAUGUCUUCACUCUUCUUGAUGUGAUUGGAGGAAGGAUUAUAUACAGCCAUGAUGGAACCGAGAACUUCAUUGACCGCAUGACGUUCGAAGUUGACAUUCUUGGGAAUGAUGGCGAGUUACCUACAGCCCUGCAAGAGGACAAUAACUUUGUACUUAGAAUUGAGAUUCAAGCCGUUAAUGAUAUUCCUGAAUUUAUCAUGCCGCCAGGGAAUCUCUUUCAGCUAGUACUGAACACAAAACGUAUGAUUUCCACUGAUAUUCUGAAUGCCAAUGAUCCUGAUAAUGACGUCGAUGAGGUACAGUACUCCACGCUCAGUGACAUCUCUGCAAUGGGUUACAUCGAAAAUGUUGAUAAUCCCGGAUUGGCAAUCCAGUAUGAAGUAUUAACGUCCCCAAAGUAUGGUGAAAUACAGCGAAUGUAUUCCGACCAUUGGCGAUCCAUUACCGAAUUUUCACAGCGGCAGCUUGAAAAAGACAAAAUUCGGUUCGCACCCCUGUAUGAUUCUGAACAUCUCAAAGAUAGUUUCCAGCUGCAAGCAACAUGCAUGGAUGUGAGCACAGAUCCUUUUGAAGUUAUGAUUGACGUCAUCGCUGUCCACAUAAAAGUUGCGAAUAACACCCCCCUGCUUAUGGACAUAAUCAAAGAGAAGACCCUAACUCAGCAGCACUUAGGGUCGGUAGUUGUAAACGCCGUCCAAAACAAUUUUACAAUAACAUACUCAAUAACAAAAUUACCCGAACAUGGAAACCUAGUGCGACAUUCUGUUCGCCAUCUAGAACUUCACGACCAAUUCACACAGGAUGACAUAAACAAAGGACAUAUUGGUUUUCGUAUCAAACAUCACAUUCGCAAACACGUCAAUGAUACUUUUGAGUUUCAUGUUUCAACCACAGGAUAUCAAUCAAGUAUUUUCACAUUCCAUGUGAUGUACAUUCCUGAUAAACUGAGUACGACAGUAGUUAACACUGGGAUUGAAGUGAAAGAAGGUACAAAUAAGGUUAUUUCGUCUGAAGAUCUGUCAAUUACCCAUCCAUUAGCUGAUGAUUUCCGUUACACUGUAAUGACCUCCCCGCAACACGGGAGUCUCCGGUUGAUAAAUCCAGUCACUCAAGAAGUGGUCGAGAUGGGGAUCACAGCAUUCAGUAAUAACGACAUAGUAUCUGGCAGACUAGUGUAUCACCAUGACAACUCAGAGAGUGUGAAAGAUGCUUUCCAAUUCACUGCUAUGGCAAUUAGUAAUGAACCUGAACUUGACGAUCCUAAAGAUACUACGGUUGUAGAAACUUUUAAUAUUACCGUGCAGUUAGUAAACGACAACAAGCCACAUAGAGUGAUUGAUAAAGUAUUCAAGGUGGUGAUGAACAGUGAAAAGGCACUGACAGGAAAUGAUCUGAAGUACGCUGAUGGUGACAUCGAUUUCCCUGAUAACCGAUUGCAGUACAGUCGGCAGAUGAUCCCAAAUGGACAGUUAGUAAACGUCAAUAAUGUGUCCUUGCCUGUAUACCAUUUCACACAAGCGGACUUAGAUACAGGAAAGUUGUUAUUCAAACACUCUGGUGCACCAUUUGGCAGGAUGGUCUUUUACGUGUACGAUCAAGACAGAGCUAAAUACUCAUCAGGACUUCUCGUGAUUGAAGCAUCAGAUCCGUAUAUCAGAGUUGUAGAUAACACUGGACUAAUCGUUCAGAAAGGUCGUGGGGUCAUCAUCAUGCCAGCUAACUUGACUGUUGAAACAAACCUGAACGCCAGGGAUAAAAGCAUUGAAUUCUACAUCACAGAGCCUCCCAAACAUGGGAUGUUGUCUAAAAAGGGAGAGGACGGAAAUGUGGUCAGUUUUAAUCUUGAAGCUUUGAAAAAUGGUCGCAUUCGCUACCAGCAUGAUGAUAGUGACAUCUUAGAAGAUGGAUUUAACUUCACGGUUAAGGUUAAAGAUGUCGAAACUACUGGUUAUGUAUCAAUAAGAAUCUACUUAAAGAGCCACCAGAGUCCUCCUGAUGUUGCACAAUUACGACCGCUGGUUGUCAAAGAAGGUAGUGUUGGCACAAUCAAGAAGGCAAAUUUGCGUGUCGUCCAUAAGGACAGUAUUCCUAAUGAUAUUGUGUUCCACAUAAGAAUGCAACCAAAACAUGGUUUCCUGCGGCUUUUGACUGCAGAAAGCGUCAGAAAACUUAACAUUGAUGAAGACAUUGAAGGCCUCACAAGUGAGGAGGUUGAGACCACUACAAUAAUGGAAGAUGAAGCAGACUACUUAGCUGACGUGGAAGUGGAAACUGAAUUCAUAACAACAUUCACACAGACGCAGAUUGAUCAAGGACGAGUGCAGUAUGUUGAAAUGGAACCUGGACAAGCCGCUGAUCGGUUUAUCUUUGAUGUCACCAACGGCAUUCUGACUGUACCUGAUCAGGUCUUCAAGAUUGACAUUAUCCCAGAUGUCAUUCCUUUGCGAGUAAGGAAUAUUGAAGUUCGUGAGGGGAGCAGCAGAGCGCUAACCGAAAAAUACAUCAAAGUUACGAGUAAAUACAUGAAGGAUCAGGUGAUUAAUUUCAUCAUUACCAGUGAGCCAAUGAGAGGUAGAAUUGAGAACAGCCGUGCACCUGGCAUCCCUCUGAUGCAGUUUACUAGCGAAGACGUCCUAGACGAGUUUAUUUACUAUGUUCAUGAUGACAGCGACACUUUAACCGAUCAGUUCAGUUUUAUUGCGAACUCUACUAGCACUAAGAAACUGAGCAGCGUUCAUUCAAUCAAUGUGACUGUAUCACCGGUGAACGAUGAACCACCAGACAUUGUGAUCAAUAAUGGAAUGGAAGUGUUUAUUGGUGCUGUUACCAUAGUUACAACAGAGGAUAUGAGUGCCGAGGAUAAAGAUACUGAAGAUAGUCAGAUUGUGUUUUCUCUACUAACACCUCCAACCAAUGGUUUUAUGGCCAAGAAACUGAACACCAACAAGGCCAUUACCAACUUUACCCAGGAUGAUAUAGUGAAUCACAGAAUUGUCUUUGUACAUAACGGUGCUCGAACUGGUGGCUUUCGCUUUCAAGUCAACGAUGGACAGCAUUCUGCUAAGCGACAGAUUUUCAGUAUUACUGCUAAACCGCUGGUGUUAUCAAUUGGUGCCAAUUUAGGAAUUGAUGUUUACCCUGAUUCUGUACAGCCAAUCACACCUCAGCAUCUAAAAAUAACUACCAAUGAGGAGCCAGAGAAGACUUCAAAUAAGAGCAUCAUAUUUAGGGUUGACCUGAAGCCAGAACUUGGUGAACUUGUCAGGAUACCACAUCCAGAUAGCGUGCCCGAUACUUAUCAUGCUUUGCAUGAGUUUACGCAGGAUGACAUCAACAAAGGAAAGGUCGGAUACAAACACGAACAGACAUCAAGUAAAUGGACUGAAAGAGACCGAUUUGUCUUUGAUGUGUUCCACCCACUCGCACAAAAUAUCACUGGUCAGUUGUUCCUUAUAACGAUAUCUUAUGAAAACAUUGGAGGAAGUAUACGAAGUCCACUACUUGCAAAUACUGGUGUUGAGGUGACGGAAGGGAAUGCCGUGAUCAUCACCAGUAAGCAGUUGGAUGCAUCAAAUCUUUACGCUAAAGUCGAUGGACAAUCUGACAACUAUAUUAUUGAAUACAAUAUUACAAAACUUCCUACGCAUGGUAUUCUUGUUGUCAAUGGCAACAAUGUAACAGAACCAUUCAUCAUCUUCAUUCAAGAUGAUUUGGCUAAGAAGCGUGUCCAUUACCUCCAUGAUCAUUCUGAUACCCUCCAAGACUCCUUUUGGUUCAAUGUUGCUCUUGGGAGGAAAGACUCCUUGUCGACAGACGCAGACAAGAUUCAAGCGGCUGAUGAUGCUUAUAGUGAUGUUGCUAAUCUUGGCGAUACUUUCAACAUUACGAUUGUCCCAGUCAAUGACCAAUUAUUUUCCGUUGUGACAUCCGCCCCUGGUAUGGAUGUGGUGCAAGGAUUCAAUAAAGUCAUCACCAAGAAGCAUCUGGAGACGAUAGAUCCAGAUACAGGCCCAGAUGGUAUUCUGUAUGCAAUUAUUCGUGGUCCUUCCAAUGGACGAAUUGCAUUGACUCGCAAUCACAGUGUUGAUGUACAUGAAUUCACACAGGAACAGAUCAAUAAUGGUGAUUUGAUUUUCAUCCACAACGGAGCCAAAGAACAUGGUUCUUUUUCGUUCAGCGUCAGCGAUGGAGUUCAUAAAAAGCAAUACAAACUUUUCAAAUUGAACAUCACACCUCUCUCCCUGAUACUGAUUAACAAUACCGGCGUGGAACUGUUACAAGGUGAUUUGUAUGCCCCAAUCACGCGAAACCAACUCGGUGCAGGAACCAAUGGCAACCGAAAUGGCAUAAUGUACAAUAUCACAAGCCAGCCACGCUUUGGAAUGUUACUAGUGAAUGAGCAGCCUCAGACAACCUUCUCUCAAAUUGACAUUGACGAAGAACAAUUAGCGUACAUACAAACUGAUAGAUCAGCAUCAGAAGACGAGUUCCAGUUUGUUGUCUACAACUCUAAGAACAUACUUGCAGCUAACGUAUUCAAGGUGACUGCAAAAGCUAUUAUUAAAAAGUCGCACAUCUCGGUACGAGCCGGAAGUAGUUCCACUAUAACUGUUGCUGAACUUGAUGCUACAGAACUGGCUAACCGAACUCUAAGUAACCCAAAUUACAAUAUUGUUGAAUUUCCGCAACAUUGUCAGAUCCUUAACUCAUCAACGUCGCAAUCCAUCUCGCAUUUCAGUCACAAUGACAUCAUCAGCAAAAAGGUCAUUAUCUCAGCCGACCCUAUUGAAAUGGGGAAUUCUACGAAGCAUGUUGCAGACUUACUUGUCCUGUCACUCCAUGCAAAGAAUGUUCAACCAGCACUGGUUGAUGUUCCCAUUGUUCUUAAGCCUAUAAAAACCAAGAAAACAAUGGCUAGUGAAGAAAGCAGUCCAACUACUGGCACAAUUGGAGUUCUUCAUCCGAACAUCGUGUCUGACCUGCAUCCUGAUCCUGAUGAUACUGAGGAAGAUACUAAUGAAAUUAACAUCAUGGCGGAUGGUGGCCGAAAUCCAACAAAGAACCCAGAUGGGUCUGGCAGUGUCGGUAACAACUCUUUGGCCAAUAAUGAACCAGGUUCUAGUCUGGUUAAUCAGGAACCUGUGUCUGGUGGCCAGUUAGCUGUCAUAAUACCCAUUAUUGUUCUUCUAGUGUUAGCAACCGUUGUUGUCAUUGUCAUCAUUUGGAGAAUGAGACGAAGAGACAAGCCAAAGAACGAUGACUCCCCGUACCCCGAACCAGAUGAGGGCCCACUCCCUGUAGUUCAUCCACAAAGAGUUGCUCUACAGGGGUCUCCGGGGCAGAGCUCAGCCAGUACUGGUUUCUCCAGCAUGCCACCGCCUAUGCCACCAGCGAUUUCUCCAGUUCUCAGUCCUGGAAUGCCAGAACGCAGUCCAAUGGUACCACAGGUUACGGUUACACCGCUGGGGAAACCAACAGGGAUGGAAGACCCAAGGUUUGCUCUCAACUACCCAGCCAUGCCAGCUGGUCCAUCAGGCCAAUCGGUGAUCAGUUUAACAUCAAGUGGUAGUGGGACAAUGGUGUAUAAUUGGCAGAAUACUGAUCCAGAGAUGCAAGAACAUUGUAGAUCAACUAAUCCGAGUCUGAAGAAAAACCAGUAUUGGGUGUAA